AUGCGGUCAAUAGCGCCGUCUGAAGCGUUGCUUCUGCUAACUAUUCUGCUGGCAUCGACAGUGGACGGUAAGUUCUGGAUGAGUAUUGUUUGGUAAAGCGCACCUUCGGACAAUGACCACAACUAUUCGUGGUUUAUGUCCUUUUCCCUCUUUGAAGGCUACAAACCACAUCAUUACUCGCCAACUCUCAUUCACAUGACAUGGCACUACAGAAACUUUUCCACCUUCCAGCCCGCCCGUCCGAUCGCUUCCUCUCCUUCUCAAAGACAGAACUGUGCGCCGCGGAACCACAUUUAAAAGUGUGUCAGCAAAGUAAGUUCCUCUCAUUUCCUGUUUGCAAACGCCUUGUUAUCAAGCGGAACAAUGGCAGAAACAAAUCAUUCGUUCGACAGAAUUUGUGACGUAACCAAGGAGAAAUUGGAUAAAUUUCAGGAGGAAACCGUCGGGCGCAAAGCUCGAAACUUAUAAAUGGAGACGGUCUGACGGCGGAGAGAUUGGAGCAGCUCUCGCAGCAUUCAAAUAAAGGAUUCAUAGAGGAAGAGGCCAAUUCUGGCAGGUCUUCUGCCGCUUCUGAUGUUUCCGAUCCUUUCGAUGAAGUGGCAACCAGGUAACUCUACUGUUACUCAAAAGACAUUUCCUAAACCUUAUCUUGAAGAGCGCCUCCAUCUUCUCGCGAUGACGAUGAAGAACAGUACCGCCGGAGAAAUCACCGUAAGAAGCACCGAAAGUCGCACAGAGGCUAUUCGCCGUACGGACAAUAUUACCAACAAAGAGCGGAUCCGUCUCUCUACCGAGUCUACCCGGGACUCCACCCCAAAGAUCAGAGGUACUGCUCCGACAUGAAGGCCAUGUUCGCGUACACUUGCCAGCCUAGCAAGCCUCUCCGUAUCGAUCUCGUCGAGUUCUGCAAAGUACGUUCUCUUCUAGAUUCCAAUUUAAACUGUUUUUUCUCAAUUCCAGGACUACGCUGCCUUCUGCGGAGUGCCCAACUUCCACAGACUGCCAGGGCCUCGAAUGGGACCUCCGUUGACCGACAAAGGAAUCGGACACGUGGAUGUGAACGGACAUUUCGGAUUCGGUGUGGGAGCGGUGCCGGGACUGGAGGUCGGAGUCGGCUGGGGAGUCGAUGUGGGACCGAUCCCUGGAAUGGGAGAAAGCGUCGGAGUGGGAGUGGGACUCGACCUCGGAAUUAUGGGAUCCAAGACUCCUGAAGCAUUCCGACGGGGACAGGACGACCCGAAUGCGAAGGGAGGCGGCAUCGUCGGAAUAAACGGAGGAGUCGGAGUUAAGGCGCCGGGCACUGGUGACGGCGUCGGAGUCAAUUCCGGACUGGGUGUCGGAAAGUGAAGAAGAAGAAGAGAAGCAUGAAGAUGUUCUGAGUGAUCUCCUGUGAAACUGCGGUCGUCGUGUUUGGCAUUUUUGCAUUUUUCAAACACAUUGUCAGAAUUUUUAUUUUCCUGAAUAUUCUUGAACGAGUGAGAAUAAAUUGAAAUAAACUUUAAAAUAAAUGCUUUUCACAAUUUAUUAUUUCUGACAAAUAAAUGUAUAGUCGAAAUUGCGUUUUUUUUAUUUUGUUUCCUUUGAGUUCGUUUUUAAACUACCGCUCAUUUCAACAGAGGACUUGUUUUCGUGGCCUAAAAUUACCCGACGAUUUGACGUCCGCGAAGGCUGAUGAUGCAAACGUGCUCUAUCGCACAUUUAAAUAUUUUCGGACAUUCGAGAACAAUUUUCCCGCGAUGUCUAUGCAUUUGCCCGCAUUUUCCGAGAUUCUGUCUAGUUCCAGAAAGGCUUUCACUUUCAAAAAAUAAAAAAGAGGCUUUUCUCAGCAAUUUUACCGUGUUCGUUCAGAAUUAGGCUCAGUAGGAGUGCAAAUUAGGCCUCAUUUCACACGUUUACCUGAAGAUGUCUUAUUUCUCAGUCUUCUUUGCAUUCGGAACCAUUUCUAAUGUUUGUUUUUCAGAAGGAUGCUUCCAGUCCAAAUUCUCAAGGACAACGCUCAGGAGGAGCGCGGAGAGAGCGCCCGCCUCAGUUCAUUCGUGGGAGCCAUCGCUAUUGGAGAUCUCGUCAAGUCGACACUUGGACCUAAGGGAAUGGUAAGUAUUCUGAUUCAUUCUUUGUUUUCUCAUCUUUUUUUUAGGACAAGAUUCUCAUCAGCGGAAAUCCUGCUGAGGCUGGAGGUAUCAAAGUCACUAACGAUGGAGCGACCAUUCUGAAAUCCAUCGGAGUCGACAACCCAGCUGCCAAAGUUCUUGUUGAUAUGUCAAUGACCCAGGAUCACGAAGUCGGAGACGGAACCACUUCUGUGACCGUGCUCGCUGCUGAACUGCUCAAGGAAGCCGAGAAACUGGUGAACCAGCGUAUCCAUCCGCAGACGAUCAUUUCUGGAUAUCGGCGUGCUCUUACGAUUGCCCAAGAAGCUUUGAAAAAGUCGAGUCUCGAGUCUGGAGACAACAUUCGUGAAGAUUUGCUGAAAAUUGCUCGCACCACUCUUGGAUCCAAGAUUUUGAGCCAGCACAAAGAGCACUUCUCACAGCUUGCCGUUGACGCCGUUUUGAGACUGAAGGGGUCUGGAAAUUUGGAUGCUAUUCAAAUUAUCAAGAAGCUCGGAGGUUCCAUGAACGAAUCGUACCUUGAUGAAGGAUUCCUUCUUGAGAAGUUGCCAGGAAUGUAUCAGCCGAGAAGAGUCGAGAAGGCGAAGGUUCUCAUUGCCAACACACCAAUGGACACUGAUAAGGUCAAGGUUUUCGGCUCGAGAGUUCGAGUUGACGGAGUUGCAAAGGUCGCUGAGCUCGAGGCUGCUGAGAAGCUGAAAAUGAAAGAGAAGGUGGAUAAGAUCCUCGGGCACAACUGCAAUGUCUUCAUCAACCGCCAACUCAUCUACAACUACCCAGAGCAGCUCUUUGCCGAUGCCAAGGUUAUGGCUAUCGAGCACGCCGACUUUGAAGGAAUUGAGAGACUUGCUCUCGUUCUUGGAGGAGAAAUUGUCUCCACAUUCGACUCUCCACAAUCUGCCCAGUUUGGAUACUGUGACUUGAUUGAAGAGGUUAUGAUUGGUGAGGAUAGGCUUCUCCGAUUCUCCGGAGUUAAGCUUGGAGAAGCUUGCUCAGUCGUUCUCCGUGGAGCCACUCAACAGAUUCUUGAGGAAUCAGAGAGAUCCCUCCAUGACGCACUCUGCGUUCUCGUCACCCACGUCAAGGAUUCCAAACGGUUGCCGGAGCAGGUGCCAGUGAGAUUCUCAUGAGCACUGCCAUCGCUGUUGAAGCUCAGAAGGUUGCCGGAAAGGAAGCUCUGGCUGUUGAGGCUUUCGGAAGAGCCCUCGCGCAGCUCCCAACCAUCAUCUGUGACAACGCUGGACUGGACUCGGCAGAACUGGUCACCAGACUUCGUGCGGAACACGCCAAUGGCCGUCACAAUUACGGAAUUGGUACUUUUGUAUCAGCUGGAACUGGUUCUUAAUUGCUUUAUUUCAGACAUUGAGAAAGGAGAGGUCGCUGACGUCAUUGCUCUGGGAGUCAUCGAAUCGUAUAACGUGAAGCUGUGUAUGGUUUCCUCGGCCGCUGAAGCUACUGAGCAAAUUCUCCGCGUGGACGACAUCAUCAAGGCUGCGCCUCGUGCUCGCGCUCAGGAUAACAGACCAUGCUGA